AAUCUUUUUCUUAAAGAUCUUAAUAUAUUUUUAAAUUUCAGGGAUUUACAGGAUAAUAACAUCAAGCAACUCAAACGAGAAACCUUCCGAAAUCUGUCCGAAUUAACAGAUCUAGAUUUGCGGGAAAAUAAUAUCAAGCUCCUCAAAGCAGAAACUUUCCAAAAUCUGUCCAAAUUAACAGAUCUAUAUUUGCAAUACAAUGACAUCACUGAGAUUGAAAUAGGAUGUUUUCAAAAUCUUCCCAGUUUAAGGACUCUGUAUUUGUAUCACAAUAAAAUCACAAAAAUUCAUCCACGCAUCUACGAAAAUCUUCCGAAUUUAGAAACACUGAAUUUGCGGGAUAAUAAUAUCGUGGAAAUCAAAAUAGAAACCUUCCGAAAUCUUUCCAGUUUAACACGUCUAUAUUUGGAAUAUAAUGAUAUCAAUGAAAUUGAACCAGGGGCUUUCGAAACCCUUUUCAAGUUAAGAACUUUGAAUCUACGGGAUAAUAAUAUUACGAAUAUCAAUGUAAGAACCUUCCAAAAUCUUUCCAGUUUAACAGAUCUGAAUUUGCGGAAUAAUAAUAUCAAAGAAAUCAAUGAGGGAACCUUCCGAAAUCUUUCCAGUUUAACAGAUCUGACUUUGUACAGCAAUAAUAUCACGGAAAUCAAUGCAGGAUCCUUCCAGUAUCUGUACAGUUUAACAAACUUGAUUUUGUGGGGAAAUAAUAUCCAAGAAAUCAAAGUAGGAACCUUUCAAAAUUUGUCAAGUUUAACAACACUAGAUUUGGAUCGAAAUGGUAUUAAGGAAGUUAAAUCAGGAACCUUCCAAAAUCUUUCUAGCCUAAGAACUCUAUAUUUGCAAACUAAUAAUAUCGAAAACAUUGAAACAAGAGCCUUACAUGACCUGCCCAGGUUACAAAAACUAUAUUUGAGUUAUAAUGAUAUUAAAGAAAUCAAAGCAGACACCUUCCAAAAUCUGUCCAGUUUAAAAUAUCUAUCUUUGAGUUCUAAUGAUAUCAAGGAAAUCAGAGCAGACACCUUUCGAAAUCUGUCCAGUUUAACAGAUUUAUACUUGAGUGAUAAUAAAAUCAAAGAAAUCAAAGCUGACACCUUCCGAAAUCUGUCCAGUUUAGAAACUCUAUAUUUGGAAAAUAAUAAAAUCGAAGCAAUUGCAACAAGAGCCUUCCAUGACCUGCCAAGUUUCAGAUAUCUGUUCUUGAGUUAUAAUAAUAUGAAGGACAUCAAAUCUGACACCUUCCGAAAUCUGUCCAGUUUAACAUAUUUAUAUUUGGAAUAUAAUAAUAUCGAAAAACUUGAAGUAAGAGCCUUCCAUGACCUGCCCAAUUUCAGAAGCCUAUUCUUGAGUUAUAAUAAUAUCAAGGAAAUCCAAUCAGACACCUUCCGAAAUCUGUCCAGUUUAACAGAACUAUAUUUGGAGUAUAAUAGUGUCGAAAAAAUUGAAGUAAGAGCCUUCCAUGAUCUGCCCAGUUUCAGAAGUCUAUACUUGAGUUAUAAUAAUAUCAAGGAAAUCCAAUCAGACACCUUCCAAAAUCUGUCCAGUUUAACAGAACUAUACUUGAGUUAUAAUAAUAUCAAGGAAAUCCAAUCAGACACCUUCCGAAGUUUGUCCAGUUUAACAGAUUUAUAUUUGAAACAUAAUAGUAUCGAAAAAAUUGAAGUAAGAGCCUUCCAUAACCUGCCCAGUUUCAGAAGUCUAUACUUGAAUUAUAAUGAUAUUAAGGAACUCAAAGCAGACACCUUCCAAAAUCUGUCCAGUUUAAGAAAUCUAUAUUUGCAAAAUAAUAAGAUUGAAAUGAUUCAAGUAAGAUCAUUUCAUGAUCUGCCAAGUUUAAGCAAUCUAUACUUGAAUUAUAAUGAUAUUAAGGAACUCAAAGCAGACACCUUCCAAAAUCUGUCCAGUUUAAGAAAUCUAUAUUUGCAGAAUAAUAAGAUUGAAAUAAUUCAAGAAAGAGCAUUGCAUGAUCUGCCCAGUUUAAGCAAUCUAUACCUGAGUUAUAAUGAUAUCAAUGAAACCAAAGCCGACAUCUUCAGAAAUUUGCCCAGUUUAAAAUAUCUAUAUUUGCAAAAUAAUAGCAUCGUAAACAUUGAAGCAAGAGCUUUUGAUGACCUGACCAGUUUAAGAAAACUAUACUUGAGUCAUAAUAAUAUCAAGGAAAUCCAAUCAGACACCUUCCGAAAUCUGUCCAGUUUAACAGAUCUAUAUUUGAAUUCUAAUGAUAUCAACGAUAUCCAAGCUGACACCUUCCGGCAUCUAUCCAGUUUAACAACUCUAUCUUUGAGUUCUAAUGAUAUCAAUGAAAUCAGAGCAGACACCUUCCGAAAUCUCUCCAGUUUAACAGAUCUAUACUUGCAGAAUAAUAAGAUCGAAAAAAUUGAAGUAAGAUUCUGCCGUGAUUUGCCCAGUUUAAGUAAACUGGAUUUGGGUGGUAACCAAAUCAAAGAAAUCAAAGCAGAAUCCUUCCAAAAUCUUUCCAGUUUAGCAACUCUGAAUUUGGGUGGUAAUCAGAUCACGGAAAUCAAAGAGGAAACCUUCCAAAACCUUUCCAGUCUAACAACUCUGAAUCUGGGUGGUAAUGAUAUGAAGAAAAUCACAGCAGAACUAUUCCAAUAUCUUUCCAGCUUAACAACUUUGGAUUUAAGUGGUAAUGAUAUGAAGGAUAUUAAACCAGAAAUAUUCAAGUAUCUUUCCGGCUUAGAAACUCUGUAUCUGCAUGGCAAUAAUAUCACGUUUAUUCAACAUGGUACCUUCGAAAAUCUUCCGAAUUUAGAAAGAGUAUAUUUGAAUGAAAAUAAUAUCAACAAAAUUCAAGUAGGAACCUUCGAUUAUCUGACCAGUUUAAGAUAUAUCAAUUUGGGUGGUAAUCAGAUCAAGGAAAUCAGAGCAGAAACCUUCCGAAAUCUUUCCAGUUUAACAACUCUAAAUGUGGGUGGUAACGAUAUCAAAGAAAUCAAAAGAGAAACAUUACAAAAUCUUUCCAGUUUAACAAAACUAUAUUUGAAUGAAAGUAAUAUUAAAGAAAUUCAAGUAGGAACCUUGGAUGAUCUGCCCAGUUUAAAAUAUCUGAAUUUGGGUGGUAAUGACAUCACGGAAAUCAAAAGGGAAAUAUUCCAAAACCUUUCCAGUUUAACAACUCUGGAUUUAGGUGCUAAUCAUAUGAAGGAAAUCAAAACAGAACUAUUCCAAUAUCUGUCCAGCUUAAAGACUCUAUAUCUGCAUGACAAUAACAUCACAUAUAUUCAACGUGGUAUCUUCGAAAAUCUGAUGAAUUUAGAAAAAAUAUAUUUGAAUGAAAAUAAGAUCGAGAACAUUCUAGCACGAACCUUCGCUGACCUGCCCAGUUUAAAAUAUCUGGAUUUGAGUAACAACCGAAUACAAAACUAUGAGGAUGGCGCGUUCUUAUUCCUUCCCAAUAUUAAUUACAUUGACCUCAGAAAUAAUAAUGAUAUGAUGUGUGAAUGUCAUCUGCCAGCCUUGGUCAAUUAUACGAAGUCAAAGUUCGGCAGAACUGUAAAUGUCCAGGGCGAGUGUGAGACAGAUUCAGGCAAUAACCAAAACAAAUUAAUACCAAUAAUGGAAUACUCGCAAUGUAAAAAUUACUCGUUAUUUCAACGGAAUUUGCAGUGUCAAACAUGUUCAAGGAUGAUGUGCAAUGAAUCAGAAGUGACAAACUGUACAGGUGAUGAGCCUGUAUGCCGCAUGAAAGUAUCAAUCGAUGGUGUUACACUGAAGUUUGAAAAAUCCUGCAGCACAUACCGAAAAUGCAUUGAUGCUAUGACAAGCAAUAUCUUUACAUGCAAAAAAUGGAAGAGUGGAUCUUCCUGUGUUGCUUGUUGCAUCGGAAACUUAUGUAAUAAGAACGAUUUCAUAGGCUGGAGCAACACCUUUGUAUUUCAUCUGAUUUUCAAUUCGACAUUUAAGAAGUUCAAUGAAAACAUAUCUAGAGUUAUAGAGCAUGAAUUAUCAAACCUGACAGGAACUUUCGAAGUGCAGUAUUGUGGCUUCGAGAAGAAUAGUGAAGUAUUUACUAUUACUUGCACAGUACCACGUACAAUUACUAAAGACCAAAUUUUUAAACAAGUUUUCGAAACUUUUAAAACAUCACAGACUUUGCGUGAUUUGGGAUUUCAAGAACGGAAAAUGGAUUUAAUUGAUGAAAUGGUUUGCAAUGAAAUCACUACAGCAACUAGCAAUGGCACUUUCCAUUGGCCAAUGACAAAAAUCGGAAAUAAUGUGACGAUCCCAUGUCAUGCAGACGUAGCGACAAGAUACUGUUCCUCAAGACGUUCCGAAAUGCCCCCAAAAUGUUCACCAUUCACUGGUGUCUGGAAGGAACCAGACAUGACUCAAUGUUACAAUACAGAGAGGAUAACUCAACAACUAAAGAACAUCACAAAUGAAGACAUCGAUAAAGGUGAGUUUUUAGAAAUGCUCUUAAAUUGAUAAUAGGAAGAGCAG